AUGGACUCGAUAGCUUCGCCGCCGGACCCAAAGAGCAGCGAUACGCACGCCAUUAUCAGUCCCCUUCUCAUCUCCAUUGUCGGCAUAGCAGCCGCCUCCACCGCAAUCGUAUUCUACCACAUGCUCCUCAUCAAGUACUGCCUCCGGCGAGGCGGCCGCCAAUCCGCUGCCGGAAUUCCUAACCCGGCCGCCGCCGGAGUCGACGAGAGGGUCCUGAAAUCGAUUCCGAUCCNNUUCUCCGCCGCGCGGCGCGUGAACGCAGGCGCCGAGGGCGAGUGCGCCGUAUGCCUAGGGGAUCUGAAGGACGACGACCGGGUCCGGCUGGUCCCCGGGUGUGCCCACGCGUUCCACGUGCCGUGCAUCGACCGGUGGCUCGCCGCGCGCGCCAGCUGCCCGCUGUGCCGGUCGCCGGUAGUCGAGCCGGAUGGAUCAGAUCCGUCCGUCAGGGCGCAGAUCUCGGAUCUGGAGGCGGCGGUGGCGGCGGAGUUGGGGAGGCCGCGGCCGUCUGGUUUGAUUCGCCACUGGUCAGCGUCGCUGGCGGGGAGGUCGCGGCAGUCUGGUCUGAUUCGCCACGUGUCAGCGUCGCUGGCGGGGGCAGAUCCGGCACCGUCGCAGCCGCGUGAGGCAACGAGGCUGAAUCGGUCGCGGUCGAUGGAUUCGUCGCUGGUGCGGAUCGGCCGCCGGAGUGCCGAUUGUUCGGGUACUCUGUCUAAUCUGAGGCAUCUGGAUCGAGUUUCAUCGCGGCUGCGCCGGUCGUUUUCGCGUCUGCGCGUGGGGAAAGCCGGUCGUGGCCCUAUUCUUCCUUACUGA